UAUGUGAGUAUAUUUCAGCAAUUACAUUACCAGCCACUGAGAGCUGAGCAGAGAGAGAGAACUCACAGAGGCUGUAAGGUUAUACACUCGUCUGUAGGUUCCUGUAAUCCUACUUGUAUGCAGGAGGCUCGUACUGUCGCUGUAAGACACUUGAAAUUUUACCUCUAUCGGAAAGGUUGUUGAACUCACCUGUUGUUGCAAGGUUAGCGAAAUCACCUGUCGUGGCAGGAUUCUUGAACUCCCACCUGUAAAGGUAUGGUUCUUGUACUCCCACCUGGCUCUUGGAGUCUAACCUGUCGUGAGAGUGUCAAAGACUCCCGGGACGAGAAAUAAAGGCAGUUGAAGCCCCCGGGAAGACAAUCACAACAGCGAGAACAGAAUUGUGUUAAAAAUUAACCAAUGUGAGAAGUACAGACUGACGAGAUGGACCCAGGCAAGAUCUUCCAGAUCAUCACCAACAGCACUCUUCUGGCGAGUCGUCUUCUGUCUGGUGCUGGUGGUCCACUGCAGUUCUCUGAGCCUCGUUACUGUCUGGUGUUGGCUGAGGAUGCUCCUCCAGGUCUCAGAGUCACCCACGUCUCCGCUGCUCACAAGGAUGGUAUGGCGGUGAGGUACAGCAUCACUGGAGGCAAUAGAGAUGGACUCUUCACUAUCGACCAGCGCUCUGGACUCAUCACUCUGGCCGCCCCCCUUGAUUACGAACUCCAACCCAAGCAUGAGCUGGUGGUGGCAGCUGAGGCAGCAGGUCGCACAGUACACUCCAUCGUACAAGUAACGGUCGCUGAUGUCAACGACAAUCCUCCACACUUCCUGGAGAGCGACAUCCAGGUGACGGUCGUCGAGGAAGAUGACAGACAUCUUCCUGCCACCAUCUUCAAGGUGGAGGCUGCAGACCCAGACAUAGUGGACUCAGCAGGGCUGGUGUACAGUGUUGGUGGUGAUGGUGUGGAUGGUCUCUCCCCCUCCCACGCCUACUUCACUAUCAACCCCCACACAGGUCACCUUCUGCAACUGAAGGCGCUGGACCGGGACCCGCCGCUGGGCAGAGAGACGUGGAAGGUGAAGGUGCAGGGGAGGGGCGGCCCCGACGACCCAGGCUCACAAAACCCCCAACCCUCUGCCCCCCUUUCAUCACGGGUUUUCCGGGGCCCCCAAACGGCUUUUCCCGACCCUUCACGCUCUCCUCAGGGUCGCUCACAUGGCCUUCAGGAACCAACACACAGUCCUCAGGACCGCUCACAUGGCCUUCAGGACCCUACACACAGUCCUCAGGACCGCUCACAUGGCCUUCAGGACCCUACACACGGUCCUCAGGGGCCACCACAAGGCGGCAUUCAGGAACCAGUAGUUGUUUCCCCAGCCUCGAGAACACCCCAAGUCUCACAUCCUUUACAUCUUACUUCACACGGCCCUCAGGAGCCAUCACAAGGCAAGGUUGACAAGUUACACGACCCUCUGGGACCACUAGAGGGAAAAUUUAGCACGACACAUGAGCUUGAAGGAGCACUAGAGCCUCAUUACGACGCCAGGACACCACGCCAGGAUCAUUACUUCGUAUCUCAGCAUCACAAAGCAGGACCUAGGAGAACACUGGUUCAUUAUUCUCGUCAGGAUUCUGUUAUGCCACGGGAUGUGUUGACAAGACCUGAAGAGAAGAGAGAGAUGAGGUUCGUGGAAAAUAAACAGCAGAAUGCCAAAAUAGAAGAGGAAAAUAGAUACAGUGUCGAUGCCUUGGUGAUGAGGUCAGUAAGUGAAAGAGUUGGCAUUAACGAAGGAGCGAGUAACUCCUUUGGGAAACCCGAGGACGAAAGCGCAAAUACAACGAAAUUUGUACGUAAAAAAGGAGAGUUAAUUCCAAAAAUGAGAACAGAGGAUAAGAAGAGAAAACUAAGAGACAAGAUUCACCAAAAUGCAGAAGAGGGAAUUUUACCGGAUAAAACAAAUGGUGAGGUAGCAGGGAAGAGGCCGGAGACACCAAAGCCAUCAUUACAGACAGACUACGGAGCUGAAGGUAAUGGUCGUGAGGAUCAACAGACGCCUGCACCAGCGAGGGACUACGCUGGGGAGAAUACUACAGCUUCCAGUGUACAUAGUAGUCAGCACUCCUCUGAGAGUGUCAACGAAGACCACUCCCAAGUCAAGCCCCGAUUCACUAGGCUGAGAUAUAUCACGCGAAGGAAACAUCAACUAACUAACGGGGUUCACCAAAAUCUAGUUGUCAGAGGCGUGUUCAAAGUAAAGGCACCAAGACGAAGAUCGGGACACAUGGUAAACGCUGGUCGGGGAAAAUUGUCUCUAGGUUUCAUGUCUGAAACCAGCGUGAAUGCUAACGAUAUUGUAUCUUUUAGGACAACCCCGGUCAAGGUUGAUGAUGCUUCUAAGGGUCGAUACAGCAGAGCGUCGCCUGGUAGGGAAGUCUCAGAAGAACCUUUGGAACACCAGAGGGACAAUCACCUCUCUUCACCAAGCUCCACAAGUACGACUUCCUUGAGAAAUAAAAGUGAUUUGCCAGGUGACUUAAGCAGUGUGAGGCCGGAGAGCGAACGAGCAGACACACAGCAAACGGUACCACCCAUUAAUGUACACGAAACAAAUAGACGGAAACUCAACCAGCUGCCAGAGGAGCGGAGUCGCCGGGCUCUCGACCAGCUGCCGGAGGAUCGACUUUACGUGAAGAGGUUCGGGAAGGACGGUAGAGGAUGCGAGGACUAUGACGCCUUCUCUUUAAGUUCGGAUGAGCCACCGUACUUGCGGGAGAUGAGACGGGAACAGGUACAUGUGGCGGAGACGGUAGUGACGGUGGUGGUGAAGGACAUCAACGACAACGCUCCCGUCUUCCCCAACGCCACCAUCUACGGCGAAGUGCAGGAGAACGGCCCCAUCGACCUGUCCGUGGGCGUGGUGUGGGCGUGGGACGCUGACGACGAGAAGGAAGGCACCAACGCCCACCUGACUUAUACCAUAGAGAAGAACGUGAUGGAUGAACGUUCAGGUCAAGCUAUCUUCACUAUCAACCCAGAGACUGGACUCGUCCGUACUGCCAUCUGUUGUCUGGACCGCGAGAGUACUCCAGAGUACUUCAUCCAAGUGGUGGCUGUGGACGGUGGUGGCCUCAAGGGUGGCCUGACCACUACACGGCUGCAGCAGCCUGGGGUCCUUCACAUAAAGACCAUGAUGGCAGCAGGUCUUCUGACCACUACAGAGUUGCAGCAGCUUGGGGUCCUUCACAUAAAGACCAUGAUGGCAGCAGGUCUUCUGACCACUACAGAGUUGCAGCAGCUUGGGGUCCUUCACAUAAAGACCAUGAUGGCAGCAGGUCUUCUGACCACUACAGAGUUGCAGCAGCUUGGGGUCCUUCACAUAAAGACCAUGAUGGCAGCAGGUCUUCUGACCACUACAGAGUUGCAGCAGCCUGAGCUCCUUCACGUAAAGGAAGACAAUAUACACGGUCGAGGUGGGUGGAGUGACGCCAGACACACGGACACAGCGUGGGUGGAAGUGUCGCUACGUGAUGUGAAUGACAACCCACCUCAGUUCAGCCGCCCACACGCCCACGUCACCGUCAGGGAGGACACCGCCCCUGGCACCCUCCUGGCUUCCCUCCCUGCCACUGAUCCUGACAUGAUGGAGCAGCAAGGCGUGGACUACCGUGUGGUGGGAGGCUGGGGAGCGGUGACUGUAGAUGCUGACGGGGGCGUGAGGUUAUGGCGCGCCCUAGACCGUGAAGCUCCGGGCGGGGAGGUGGGCGUGGCGAGGGUGGUGGCCGUGGAUGAAGGCCGCCCAUCCCUCUCCUCCACCGCCACCCUCACCAUCACCCUCACAGACGUCAACGACUGCCCCCCGCGGCUCCUGCCCCCCACCGUUCUCCACGUGAGGGAGGGCGGCCCCGCCUCCCUCCUGGGUAUCCUCACAGCUACUGACGAUGACGUGUGGGCGCUGGGGCACGGUCCUCCCUUCACCUUCACCCUGGCUCCCUCCAACCCUGCCCACGUCUUCAAUAUUAUCAGCAUUAACUACCAGGCAGAGAUAGACAGUGGUCGUGGUGGUGCUGAGGUGUGGACGCGAGCACCGCUAGACAGGGAGGAGCACCGCCAACUGGUGACUGAGGUGGUGGUGACUGAUGCUGGGGGACUCGCCGCCACUCAUCCAGUUACAAUCAUCAUUGAUGACAUCAACGACAAUCCCAUGAAACCCGCCGCCAAGACUGUCUACCUCUGCAAGACGCAGGGCGGGGGCGCUGAUGCUGCCCUGGGCAGAGUCUACGUGGAGGACCCUGAUGACUGGGACCUCCAGGAUAAAACUUUUGAGUGGGCUGGACCACCUCACCCGCUCUUCACUCUUCAACCCAACACUGGUGAUAUAUUUGCCUCCAUGCAGCUGAGAGAGGGAAGAUAUGAGCUACAGUUUGUGGUGUCAGACAGAGUAUGGGCACAGAGGAACGUGGAGGCGAACGUGAGUGUCGUAGUGCGACACCUGACACCUGAGGCACUGGCACAUGCUGUGCCAGUCACACUCAUGCCCACCACACCUGCCACACUCACGGCUGGAUGGACUCCCAUGCAUGGAGGUGGCGGUCUAGGCACACUGUCGGAAAUUGUAAUGCAGGUAGUGGGGAAAGCAGCCAAGACAGUGGAGAUCGUCAGUGUGUACGGAGGUCCAGCUCGUGAUGCUUCUGCCAUCAGUCCCACCUUCCCCAAGGCUGCUUCUCAUGCCAGCAAUGUUGUUCAGAGCUCGCAAACUGUAACACCCUUUGCUUGUGUGUGGGUGAGCGUCCGUCAGAUGGGUGGCAGCUUCAUCGAUCCAGUCAAGCUGCAUGGAUUAUUAGCACUUCAUUUGCAGCAUUUAGAGAAAGUAAUGAAUUUGAAGGUGGCGCUGGAAGACACUCACACCUUAGAGGAGAACAGUGGGAUGACUUCGCCUGCUUCCUUUGGCUUCUCUCCUUCAGACGUAUCCUCACCACACAAUCCUUCUUCCGUUGCUUCCCUGGCAUCUGUGGUACUUCCUCUUCAGGUAGUAGACACCAACCUGACGUCUCUAGUGACACCUCGACUGACACGAGCACAUGAUUGCCACACCCACACACGUUAUGAAGAUGAAACAUGUACCCUCACCUCGUGUCUUAAUGGUGGCCGCUGUGUGAGCACACAUCAAGGUAGUAGGUGUGUGUGUCCUGGUGAAUCCUGGGGGUCCAGGUGUAAGAUACUUGCUCGCACCUUCUCCAGGUCUGGUUGGGCAUGGGUACGUCCCUUGCCUCCAUGUCUGCCCACUACCCUGUCUUUACGCCUCCUCACUCAUGUUCCUGAUGCUCUGAUCCUGUACUCUGGACCACUGUCACCUGCAUCUGCCCACCCUCAUUACCCACCCACACCCAUGGUGGCACUGCAGCUGGUGGGUGGACACCCACAGGUGCUGCUGGAAGGUGCCAGAGGACCUGCCAAGCUUCAAGUGAACACUACACUCAAGCCUGGCACCUGGCAUACCCUCCACCUGCAUCUCAAUACUCAGGGAGUCAUGCUAAUGGUGGAUCAUUGUGGACAUGGCUGGAGAGUCAACAAGACUGAUGAUAGCCACUGCAUUGCUAGGAUCCCAUGGGCAAACUCUCGUGUAACAGAGAGUUGGAGUAGCAGUGUGCCCUUGCAGCUGGGUGGCCUUGCUCAUCCAUACCCACAAGCAGCAGACUUUGGAUGGUCAGCUUCCCUUGUGUACCAACCUUUAGAUGGUUGCAUCUCUCACCUCACAGUCAAUGGACAGCUGGUUGACUUAGGUGAGCCAUCAUACAGCGCUGCAAGUAUGAAGGGCUGUCAACCUCAGGAAGCUGCUUGUGGGGAUGGUCCAGUCACUUGUGGUUUGCGAGGUCAAUGUGUUGGUGGACUAGAGAGUCCUAAAUGUGACUGCCAGCCAGGAUGGAUGGGGCCUGCUUGUGCCACACCAACAGUACCAGUUGCUCUUGGUCAGGCCUCAUUUGCCAAGGUAGCACUGUCAUUCAUCCCAGACCCUUACGAUAUGACUUUGCAGUUACGAAUGAGAACAAGGGGUCUUCCAAAUGGUCUCUUGAUGCAGCUAUCCACCAGCAAGCAGUCUCAUGCUCUGAAACUACAUGUACGUAGUGGUGUUAUGUGUUCAACAAUGUCUUGCACAGAGUGGGGUGUGCAGGAAGUAUGCUUAGAGGGCAUCCCACUUGGUGAUGGGUCAUGGCACACUAUACGAGUAGGUCGCCACGGGCAUAACCUUAUUAUCUCAGUGGAUGAUGGUGAUGGGUGGCGAAAAAAUGAGACACUAGCCUCUUUCUUUACUACCACCAGCCUUGGGGACAUACAAGCUCUAGUUGCACUGCCUCCCUUACCAAUCACUGUUGACAAGCAAGAUGGACUAGUUAUGGGUGGCAUCCCAGAGUUUGAAAGCUUGAGCCUGGUCACAGUUCAUGAUGACCUACAAAACAGCUGUAUUGAUGAUGUACGUGUAUCAGGGCACCCCAUACCACUACCACCUUCUGUAAAUGGAACCAACUGGGGUCAGGUGACCACUUUAAGAAAUCUAAAGCAAGGUUGUUCUUCACGUGAUUCUUGCAGCAACACCACCUGCUUGCCUCCCCUAUCCUGUCAUGACAUCUGGAGGCAAGCAACAUGCAGUUGUGAGCCGGGAAGACAGCUGGUGGGCCACAGUUGUCAAGAUGUUGAUGAGUGUGUAUUCCAGCCUUGUCUACAUGGAGGCACCUGCUACAACCUGACACCUGGCUAUCACUGUUUGUGUGGUCCAGCACACACAGGAGACAACUGUGAAUGGACCAAGCUGCCAGCCCACACAAACCCCCUCACAGCACCUAUGGCCAUAGCUGCUGUUACACUCUCUGUAAUUAUUGUUGUAGUGCUUGGUGUUCUGCUUACUAUUCGCCUUCACCGGUAUCGAACAGCACGAGGUGAAGAAGGUGUGACUGACGUUUUAGGAACUCCCAUGGUGGUACAAGCAGUAUCAGGAAAUCCUCAAAGCAAAGCAGUCAAAGAAGAGAAUAUUUUACUUGGAUCUCUAAAGAUCAAGAGGUCUGGUAAGAUUACUCUCUCUCUCGAAGGCCCAGACCACAUAAUUACUCCUUUAAGGCUUCCGACCAUUGGAGUUGAGGCCAUAGGAAUAAAGGAAGCAAACAUAAUUGGAAGCACCUUAAAACAUUCUGGGAGUGAAAAUAAGAUUAAAGGUAAAUCUAGCCCUCAGAGGUGUUCCAUAGCAGCAAUUAAACUGUAG